UCGUUUGUUAUAAAUGAUGUAUGUAAGUAAUUGUUUAAAAUAUUUGUGACUUGGAGUUCGUAACGGCACACCAUAUUGGACUCCUGACAAGAUUCUAUUCUCGUCUGAGAAUGGUAGCCGCAAAAAUGGUUUUCGGAAGGCUAAACGUAUGUCCAGUUUUCCUUUUGGUUUUGAACUUCUGCUGGACACGUGCAGAAGUGUUCACUGCAAUAUCCGAUGUCGAACCAUUGUUACAAACCCACAAAAGAAUAAUGGAUGAUGUCAACCACUACAUCGCCUCGGAAGAACAACGGCUUAUAGCUCUAAAGAAGAGCUUAAAUAUGUACCAAGAAGAACAUAAAAAAGCCAUGGAAGAUAUUCCUAACUACUUAGGAAACCCCAUCAACGCCUUUACUCUUAUAAAAAGGUUGACAGUUGACCUGGAUCUCAUAAGACAGAAUAUAAUAAAUGGAACAGAAAAUAUGAGAAACAUCACGACAAACCACGAGGAUGUGAAAUAUCCCGCUUACGAAGACCUGACGGGGGCUGCUCAAGCAUUGACAAGACUCCAGGAGACUUAUAAGCUAGACGUCAGUGAGCUGUCGAAGGGUGUGCUGAAUGGUGUUAUUUACAGUACCCCAAUGACUGCAGCCGACUGCUACGAGCUCGCUAUGGUGCUGUACAAGGCCCAAGACUACAAAGACGCCCUGCCAUGGUUUAACGAGGCCCUCAAGAAGUAUAAAGAGGAGAACGAACACUACCAAUUUACCGAAUCUGACAUUCUGGAGUUCAUUGGCGCUACACAUUUUUACACGGGCGAUACCAGGACUGCGUUGGAAUAUUCAAAGAAGACCUUAGCGAUAAAUCCGAAAAACAUACGCGCGGCCGAUAACAUUAUACUUUACCAAAAGUCUAUCGCAGAGGAGGAAGCAAAACAAUUAAUAAGUCAAAUAAGUGGUGAAACGGAGGAGAAAAAAAACCAGAAACCGUUGUCAUAUGAAGAUAUUGAGUAUCAAAAAGAAUUAAAAAAUUAUGAAAUCCUUUGCCGCGGGGAAAUGGACGUCCCUCCUGCAAUUGCGAAAAGCUUGUUCUGCCGUUAUUUAACGGAAAACCACCCGUUUUUGAAACUUGCGCGAAUAAAAGUCGAGUACAGAUACUUGGAGCCCGACAUAAUGAUCUUCCAUGACGUCAUGAGCGACGACGAGAUUGAAUUCAUAAAAGAAACUGCUCAGCCCAGGUUCAGACGUGCUGUGGUCGUGGACGCCGUCACCGGUGAAUCAGUUCCCGUCAAGUACCGCAUCAGCAAGUCGGCGUGGCUCGAGGACCACGAGUCGCGGGUCAUCGCGCGCAUCUCGCAGCGCGUGGCCGACAUGACCGGCCUCAGCAUGGACACGGCCGAGCACCUGCAGGUGGUCAACUACGGCAUCGGGGGACAUUACGAACCGCACUUCGACUUCUCUAGGAAACACGAAAGUUUAAUCAACUAUCUUAACGCUGGGAAUAGAAUAGGCACAGUUCUAUUUUAUAUGUCGGACGUGGCGCAGGGCGGCGCGACGGUGUUCACUAAGCUGGGAGUCAGCUUGUUCCCCAUCAAAGGCGCGGCGGCGUUCUGGUACAACCUGCACCCGUCGUGCGAAGGAGACCUGGCCACGCGACACGCCGCCUGCCCGGUGCUGCGAGGCUCCAAGUGGGUCUCAAACAAAUGGAUCCACCAAGGCGGGCAGGAGUUGCUGCGGCCUUGCGGCCUCCAAUACCAAGAGGAGGGCGUAUCCCGCAGGAUACCGAAACCCAUCCUCAAGACCUCCAGAUAAACACCGCCUGGCUGCCAAGUAGUAUUGUUAAACACACCCCAAAAAGGUACUGACUUUGCCCGUGUGCCUAAAGCGAACUAGAACUCAAUUAAUAUAGUGAAGUGAAUAUUUUCGUCGGUUAGGGCGGCUUCAGACCAGUUUUUUCUGCGCGUAUACAGCCGUCUGCCUUGUGGCUGUACUGUACUAAACUAAGCUGGGAACAUUAAAUUUUCGGACAGUCCAGUUUAUUCUGUACCCUAUUGAUAACGUUUGAUAGAGCCCGUGAAGUACUUACAGGAUCAGUAACUGUUUUUCGAUAUUUUGUAUACUUUAGAAUAAUUGAGUAAAAUCACAUCGUUUUCCACUUGUAUAUGAGUUUAUAAGAGCGUCAACACUUGCACGAGUUGCGCAUAUACGCGCGUAUAAAACGCUGGCCUGAAACCGCCCUUACUGUGUUAAAACAAUAAUUUUAAAAUAACUAAUGAAGUGAUACUUAGUCUAUAUGGGCAUGCUAUUUAUUAAAGGUACAUAAGUAUUAAU